AUGAUUUCUGUGAUUGAGCACGAGAGAGAACGAGCACGAAAAGCCAUACACCAAGCCGAUCUGAAGUUUGUGGACUGGCUUGAAGGUUUGGAGGCAGUGCCUGACACCGACAAUCUCAUACCGUUUACUCGUUGGAUCACUCCGACGAACAUUUCUCGCCGAUUUACAACGCAGAUGUACUUGUAUUUCCUGCCACUUCAAGGGACCACAAAUCCAGCCGUCUGCCAUGAUGCAAACCUCAUACCUCAUGAGACUACGGUCCCGAUCCCUACAUCGGAUGGUGGAAUUGAGCACACCAGCGCUGAAUUUCUUCCCGCUGCUCGGUGGCUCUCCAUGGCACGUGCUAAUGAUAUUAUAUUAUUUCCCCCGCAGUUUUAUCUUUUGCAUAUCAUUUCUCAAUUCUUACACAUGCCAUCUCAGGAGUCAAUCGAUAGUGUUGAAGAGCUCAAGCGUCAGAGGGCCGAGCUGUUGUCUUUCAUCAAGUCCGGACAUCCUCCAUGGGGCGAAAGAUACGUGUGUCCUCGGGUGAUUCUCUGGGAGAAGGGGAGUGGUCGUGCCGCAUUAGCAUUAGACAAAGCUGGAAAAGAACUUGAAGAUUGUGGAAAGUCUGGAAUUCCUGAUCAAGUAAUCCUCGUCAAUUUUGGGAAGAAUGGUCCAAGAGAUCUGGAAAUUUCAUCAAAAACUAAUGUGCUCAAGGCAGCACGAGAGAAGCUCUAA